AUGGCGUGCAGCAGUGGGAAGGUCACCAUCCAGCUGGUGGACGAGGAGGCAGAACCUGGAGCCCAGGGCCCGAAGCUUUUUAGAGGCCAGAGCUACGAGGCAAUCCAAGCAGCCUGCCUGGGUGCGGGGAUCCUGUUCCGAGAUCCCUACUUCCCCGCUGGCCCUGAUGCCCUUGGCUAUGACCAGCUGGGGCCGGACUCAGAGAAGGCCAAAGGAGUGGAAUGGAUGAGGCCCCAUGAGUUCUGUGCUGAGCCCCAGUUCAUCUGUGAGGACAUGAGCCGGACAGACGUUUGCCAGGGGAAACUGGGUAACUGUUGGUUUCUCGCUGCCGCCGCCUCCCUCACUCUGCACCCCAGACUCUUGUGCCGAGUGGUGCCCCCUGGACAGGGUUUCCGGGACCACUAUGCUGGCGUCUUCCACUUCCAGCUCUGGCAGUUCGGCUGCUGGGUGGACGUCGUGGUGGACGACAGGCUGCCCGUGCGCGAGGGGAAGCUGAUGUUUGUGCGCUCGGAGCAACGGAACGAGUUCUGGGCCCCCCUUCUGGAGAAGGCCUAUGCUAAGCUCCACGGCUCCUAUGAGGCGAUGCGAGGCGGCCACAUGAACGAGGCUUUCGUGGACUUCACAGGUGGUGUGGGCGAGGUGCUCUACCUGAGACAAGACAUUGCGGGCCUCUUCUCGGCCCUGCGCCACGCCCUGGCCAAGGAGUCCCUCGUGGGGGCCACUGCAGUGAGCACUCAGGGCGAGUACCGUACAGAAGACGGGCUGGUGAAGGGACAUGCAUAUUCUGUCACGGGUACGCACAAGAUGUCCCUGGGCUUCACCAAGGUGCGGCUGCUGCGGCUGCGGAACCCCUGGGGCCGUGUGGAGUGGACCGGGCCCUGGAGCGACAGCUGCCCACGCUGGGACGUGCUGCCCCCUGAGUGGCGAGAUGCCCUGCUGGUGAAGAAGGAGGACGGUGAGUUCUGGAUGGAGCUGCAGGACUUCCUCUGCCACUUCAACACCGUCCAGAUCUGCUCGCUGAGCCCGGAGGUGCUGGGCCCCAGCCCAGCGGGAGGCGGCUGGCACACUCACAUCUUCCAAGGCCGCUGGGUGCGAGGCUUCAACUCCGGCGGGAGCCAGCCAGCCGCCGAAACCUUCUGGACCAACCCCCAGUUCCGGCUGACACUGCUGGAGCCAGAUGAGGAGGAUGAGGAUGAGGACGGGCCCUGGGGGGGUUGGGGGGCAGCGUGGGCCCGGGGCCCUGCCCGCGGCGGCCGAGUCCCCAAGUGCACUGUCCUCCUGUCACUCAUCCAGCGCAACCGGCGGUGCCUGAGGGCCCAGGGUCUCACGUACCUCACUGUGGGCUUCCACGUGUUCCAGAUCCCAGAGGAGCUGCUGGGCCUCUGGGACUCCCCGCACAGCCGCGCGCUCCUGCGGGGGCUGCUGUGCGCCGACCGCUCGCGCUUCUGCGCCCGCCGCGACGUGAGCCGCCGCUGCCGCCUGUUCCCCGGCCACUACCUGGUGGUGCCGAGCGCCGCCCGCGCGGGCGACGAGGCCGACUUCACGCUGCGCGUCUUCUCGGAGCGCCGCCACGCCGCCGUGGAGAUAGACGACGUGAUCAGCGCUGAUUUGCACGCUCUCAUGGCCCCCGACAUUCCCCUGGACCUGGGGUUGAAGCAGCUGUUUCAGGAGCUGGCAGGAGAGGAGGAAGAGCUCAGUGCCUCUCAGCUCCAGACCGUAUUAAGCAUUGCCCUGGAGCCUGCCAGGGCCCACAGCUGGACCCCCAGGGAGAUCGGCCUCAGGACCUGUGAGCAGCUGCUGCAGUGCUUCGGGCACGGCAGAGGCCUGACCCUGCACCACUUCCAGCAGCUCUGGGGCCACCUCCAGGAGUGGCAGGCCAUAUUCGAUAAGUUCGACCAGGACGCCUCUGACACCAUGAACUCCCAUGAGCUGAGGCUGGCACUGAACGCUGCAGGCUUCCACCUCAACAACCAGCUGACCCAGGCCCUUACCAGCCGCUACCGGGACAGCCGUCUGCAUGUGGACUUCGAGCGCUUCGUGUCCUGUGUGGCCCAGCUUACCCGCAUCUUCUGCCACUGUAGACAGCACCUGGAUGGGGGCGAGGGAGUCAUCUGCCUGAGCCGUCAACAGUGGAUGGAGAUGGCCAACUUCUCCUAG